AUGGCAGCCUUUUUGAUCCGACCCCUCCCAAUUAUAUUUCGUUAUCUGGUUGCCAGGGUUACCCGGGCCUCAAAGCCCCGCCGACCCCUCCUAUAUUUCGCAUCCGAUCUCGGGAUCAAAGGCCCUCACCUCCGCUGUCUAUAUAUCUGUAGCUCGUGUUAUCUUCCUCCCUCUUCGUCGGUCUUCGCCGAAAAUUCUUCACCAAUUCUCCCAAGGAAGAAGAAGCGAGUAAGCGAUAGGAUAAUCAGAAUUGAAUCUAGAGAACGAUUGGUCAGUAAUUGA